UAGCAGCAAUCAUUUUGUAAUUUUUGUCUCCGAAUCGACCCAACUCCCUGUUCACUAAUAUAAAAGUCCCCCUUUCGCCACCCCAUCCUUCUUCCUAGGGUUCCUCCACUGCAACUAAUUAUGGCUCCCCGAAGGAGGAAAAAGAUGAAGUCGUUGUCCGAAGCAAUCCAAGUAGUUCCGCCGCACGAGGGCGGCACACGGCCCGAGCUUCCGACGGAGCUUCUGGAAGCAAUUCUGUCGCAAUUAAGUCUUAGAGACAACAUCCGCGCUUCAGCUGUUUGCUGGAGAUGGCGAAGGGUUGCUAACUCUGUCCGAAGGGCCAACAAGCCUCCCUGGCUCAUGUUCUUCCCCAAAUUCGGCGAUAUGUAUGAAUUCUACGACCCCUCGCAGCGGAAAACCUAUUGGCUGGAGCUCCCGGAGCUCCAGGGCUCCCGGAUUUGCUACGCCAACGAUGGAUGGUUGCUGCUGUACAAGCCUAGAACACAUAAUGUGUUCUUCUACUGCCCCUACACCCGGGAAGUCAUUGAUUUGCCUUGUCUGGAACUAACCUACCAAAGAGUCGCCUUCUCCGCUGCCCCGACAUCGCCCGGCUGCACCCUCUUCACCGUCACGCACGUGAGCCCCACAAUUGUGGCUGUCAGCACGUGCCAUCCUGGGGAUACAGAGUGGGCCACCGUCAAUUACCAGAACCGGCUGCCGUUCGUCAGCAGUAUUUGGAAUAAGUUAGUUUACUGCAAGGGUCUUUUCUACUGCUUGAGUCUUACGGGUUGGCUCGGGGUCUAUAACCCCGACAAGGGUACUUGGGCUGUCGAUUCCGUGCCUCCGCCGAAAUGCCCCGAGAAUUUCUUCGUCAAGAAUUGGUGGAAAGGGAAAUUUAUGACAGAGCACAAUGGGGACAUUUUUGUCAUCUACACUUGCUCGGCGGUGAACCCGGUCGUGUAUAAGUUGGACCAAACAAGUAAAGUGUGGGUGGAGAUGGAAAGCUUAUGCGGGAUGACGCUUUUUGCAAACUUGUUGACAUCCCACGCAAGAACGGAUCUUCUAGGGAUGAUGAGGAACAAUGUGUACUUCUCCAAGGUUCGAUUCUAUGGGAAACGAUGUGUUUUGUAUUCCCUUGAUAAUGGAAGAUAUUAUCCCCGCAAGCAGUUAUAUGACUGGGGGGAACAGGACCCGUUUGAGAGUGUUUGGAUUGAAGCUCCCGACGACCUCUCGGUCUUCCUCUAGAAGAUGAAGACAAGACCCACAGUAGCAGCUCGGGGGGUUCUGUCGACUCUUGGCUGUUUCAAGCUCGGAUGCAAUCCUUAGUUGAGGCUGAGGCUGUCUUUCUAUCUCGAUGGGGUUCAUUCUGUAUUCAAUUCUUAUGACCUAGUAAGUAAAUGUAAACUACUCUUACUACUGCUGCUAUAUACUUGUGGACAAUGUUGUACUGCUUUAAUUAUGACAUUGGAUAUUGUUAUAGCUUAAAUACUUUAAUUUAAACUCUUUGCAGUUACACUA